GACCUUUUUCCAGAGGCUUUCACAGAGAAGGAGUCUGAUGCAGACAAGAACAGGCGAGACUCAUGGGUUACGAAGGUGCCUGAAGAGGGAGAUGAUUUGGAGGAGUUUGAGGAGUCUGACGAGUGUCAGUGGUUCGAUGACGGAGUUGGUGGCGUUGCCCAGGCAUCUACACAGCACUUGUUGCCCACGACCGAUUCCAAGAAUGAUUCAGAGGCACAGGAAAGGUUGCUCAUGACUGACUCCGAAGAGAAUCUGGAGGCGACGAUAUUAGGCCUUUACUUCGUGUGUGCAACUCCGUCCAGUUCCAGAGGCUUUGAGUUCAACCUUCUGGUUUUUCGCUGGAUUUUGCAGCGGCGUUUUCAGUGGGAUCCUUUUGUGCUUGUGGCUCAUUUCAGAAUGACGACGAUCGUGCUCCCCGCGGAUCAGUUCACCAUGAGAGCUUAUACCUCUCGGGAACCCGAAGACCCGGAGUAUACCGUCGACUCCCUGCUGCCAUUCCUCGGCCUCGGCCAGACUGAAUGUGAUUUAAAUCACUACGUGCUGCCGAUGCAGACAUCGGUACAAACGUACCUGUGUCCGGCCUUGGAGUCGGCGGAAGCUCGUUGGAUCCCCUGGGACACGACCCUAGCCGACAAUUUCAGGCUUCAUAUGCUGGUGUGUGACCGUGAGCUCUUUUUGUCUAUGAGACAUUUUGCCAGCAACCGGAACUACCUCAUCAACCUCGGCGGAGGACACCCAGCAAAUCGCAUUCUCACCUAUGUGGAAGUUCACUGCCUGCCACCGACAGAAACUGUCGAAGUGCUUGGCCGAAUGCAUCGCACUCUUCGCCGAUUGCGCGAUGACGUCUCGGUGCUUCAAACUGAGGUGCGCAUGCUGCGCCGUACAUUUGGCCAAGCCCUUGAGAAUCUUGCGGCCAAUUACGAGGAAUUGGCCCCAUUGAUCGGUUUGGUGGCUCCUCCACAUAUUCAAGGUGACCCACAUGAAGCUCCCGACGCCGCUGAUCAUGGCGAAUGA